GCAAUUUUCAUCUUUCGCUUCCCAAGUCAAGACCAUGGACCGUGACAGCCUCGUGGCAGCUGUGGCCCGGCAGGGCGCGACGGUGCGCGAGCUCAAGAAGAACGGUGGCGCCGCUGCCGACAUUACGGCGGCCGUCGUGGCGCUCAACGAGCUCAAGGCGCAGCUCAGCGCGAUGGCCGAGCCGGCCGGCCCGGUGCUCAACAAGAAGGCGCUCGAGGACUUGCUCUUGCGCAAGAUGUUUGUCGUGCCGUCGUUUGAGAUUUACGGUGGCGUUGGUGGCUUCUACGACUUUGGCCCGCCCGGCGCGGCGCUCAAGGGCAACCUCCUCGCCGCGUGGCGCCGCCACUUCCUCAUGGAAGACGACGUGCUCGAGAUUGAAUGCACCAACAUCAUGCCCGAGGUCGUCCUCAAGACGUCCGGCCACGUCGACCGGUUCACGGACCUCAUGGCCAAGUGCACCAAGUCGGGCGAGUGCUACCGCGCCGACAAGCUCGUCGAGGACUUUAUCGAGAACCUCCUCGCCAAGAACGCGUCGGCGCUGAGCUCGGCCGAGCAGGAGAAGCACCGCCUCGUGGCGACCAAGGCCGAGUCGCUGACGCCGGAAGAGAUGCACGCCGUCAUCCAGGAGUAUGGCAUCCUCUCGCCCGGCCACGGCGCACCGCUCUCCUUUCCCAUGCCGUUCAACCUCAUGUUCAAGUGCCACAUUGGCCCCGAGGGCACGCACGUCGGGUACCUCCGCCCCGAGACAGCCCAAGGCAUCUUCCUCAACUUUCGCCGGCUCCUCGAGUACAACGCCGGCAAGAUUCCAUUUGGCUGCGCGCAGAUUGGCAACGCGUUUCGCAACGAGAUUGCGCCACGUAAUGGCCUCGUCCGCGUCCGUGAGUUCCAACAGGCCGAGAUCGAGUGGUUUGUGCACCCGGAGGACAAGGCGCACGCCAAGUUUGGCCUCGUUGCCGACCAGAUCCUCAACCUCUUCCCGAAGGAGCUCCAGCUUACGACGGGCAAGACAGUCCAGAUGACGGUCCGUGAUGCGGUCGCCAAGAAGAUCAUUGCCAACGAGUCGCUCGCGUACUACCUGGCGCGCACGUCGACCUUUGUCAAGGCCAUUGGCAUCGACAUGGAGCGCGUCCGCUUCCGCCAGCAUUUGGACACGGAGAUGGCCCAUUACGCGUGCGACUGCUGGGACCUCGAGAUCCAGCUGAGCUCGGGCUGGGUCGAGUGCGCCGGCCACGCCGACCGCUCGUGCUACGAUCUCCAGGUCCACGCCGCCAAGUCCAAGGUCGAGAUGGUCGGCACGCUCAAGUACGACGCGCCGCGCGCCAAGGACAUUGUCGACAUCAAGGUCAACAAGGGCAAGGUCGGGAAGGCGUUCAAGGCCGACAUGGCGCACAUCAACAAGGGUCUCCAGGCGCUCGCGACCGACGAUGCGGCGGCCAUGGCGUUUGAGGCCACGCUGGCAUCGGCCGGCCGCGCCGACCUCGUUGUCGACGGCAAGAGCUUUGCGCUCGAGCGCGACAUGUGGAGCGCGAAGAAGGUGACCAAGACGUUCCUCGAAGAAAAGUUUGUCCCGAGCGUCAUUGAGCCGUCGUUUGGCGUUGGCCGCCUCCUCACGGCCGUCUUUGAACACACAUUUUACGCGCGCGAAGGCGACGAGAAGCGCGGUGUCAUGGCCUUUCCCGCGUCGAUCGCGCCCAUCAAGGUCGCGGUGCUCCCGCUCAGCACGGCCAAGGAGUUUACGCCCGUCAUGCUCGCGCUCGAGCGCGACCUCCGCGCGCGUGGCAUCGCCUGCAAGAGCGAUGCGUCGAGCGUCGCGAUCGGCCGCAAGUAUGCGCGCGUCGACGAGCUCGGCGUGCCGUUUGGCGUCACGAUCGACUUUGAAACUGCGGGCGACCAGUGCGUCACGGUGCGCGAGCGGGACUCGUGCGCGCAGCUCCGCGUGCCGCUCGCCAAGGUUGUCGCUCUGCUCGACGACCUGGUCGCGGGCCGCGUGGCGUGGGCCGACCUCGCCAAGGUGUACACGGUUGUCGAAGCCAAGAAGGACGAAUAAGCCAGUGUUUGCAACAAAGACUAGGUUCUUGGGUGGAUA